CGAAUCUUACUAGUAGGAAAGAGACGGACGAUUAAAAUGCGUCUGAGAUUAAUCUCACGACUCACGUGUACUCUAGCGUGUUUGUCGGUUGCUAUCUAUCAGUGCAGUGCCCAGCCGACUGUAGUAAGAAGCAGUAGUAACAACAAGUGCUCUUACCGACACCUGUCAAAAUAUCCGUAUUUAUUACGAAUCGAGUUUUAUUUGAAUUCGUAAAUACUACCUAGCAAACUUAUGAGGUGUCGUGUUGUUUAGUGGUGACUGUGUGUUUUAAAAUAAAAAGUUGUUUUCAAAAUGGAUAUGACACCGACUUAUUGGGAGGAAAAUUCUAACAUACAAAGAGUUAAAUACGAAAGCUGUACCUCCCAUGACGACACUUCGAGGAUGAAAGAUGAAAGACCAGUAUACAAUUGUUGUGAUACAAACUUAAAUUUUUCCACGGCCACUUGUAGCGAAGACGAUUGCGAAUACGGACCCUAUAAAAAAAAUAAAGUUGCCCGGCAAGAUCCAAUGUCCCAUCGAAUUAUCGAAAAAAGGAGAAGGGACAGAAUGAACAAUUGUCUAGCCGAUUUAUCGCGUUUAAUACCGACAGAAUAUUUGAAAAAAGGACGUGGAAGAAUUGAAAAAACAGAAAUCAUCGAAAUGGCUAUUAAACAUAUGAAAUAUUUACAACAGGAACAGGGACAUUCGACAGAACAUUAUAGGUUAGGUUAUCAAGAAUGUAUGUCUGAAGCGAUGCGAUUUAUGGUCGAAGUAGAAGGACAUUUUCCUCGAGAACCGAUUUGCGUAAGAUUAUUGAAUCAUUUACAGAAACACGGCGAGGCAAUUUCUCGCGCUUCAACAUUCGACACCAAUCAUCAUACGUCAUUAUUAACGGAACACAUCGUACCAGUACCUAAUAUAAAUGAACCAGUUUCAAGUGAUAUAUCUGCUAAAGUAGUAAGUUAUUCAAUACCUAAAGUAGAUCCGGAACCGAAUAACAACAACAGUUCCUAUAUUGUCAGUCAAACUAAUCAAAUAACGACAGAUCCUACCGAAUACGAAAAACAUAUGGAUCAUCCCGAAACUCACGCCAUAUCUUACAAAUAUAAAACGAAUAUCAAAUUAAGAUUCAAUCAAGAUAGUAACGGGGUUAAUCAAGAUCCUACGAAAACGCAAAAAAUGGAAAACGGUCGCAGGAAUUCUAUAACGAGCCUUGAAAAUCAAAGUUCCAGCCACAGUUCUCCUCCAAGUAGCGAACCGUAUACAAGAAUCUCCGAUAGCGAUCAUGGUCAUAGAAGAUCUCCCUCGGAUAGUACGUCGUCGGUGCACAUCGGUCCUAAAUUAGAACCACCAAGAACCGACGUUAUACAAAGGUACUCGCCGAACAACAAAACACCCGAUACGAAAAAUUUCAACGUACCGAUAUUCGUUUUACACGCCAAAGGAUCCUAUUACAUACCUCUUACUAUAGAUUACAAAACUCUAGUUCCGUUUUUACAAAGUUACGACCUUUUGGAAGUGGUACCUUUACAUAUACUACAUCCUGUUACCAUUAACGUCAAUUUUACGCCUAAUAUCAACAACGACGGUACUAAAUAUAUUGUGAAUAAUUGGCAUUAGGAUCCCGGGGAAGUACUGAAAGGCUGUGAUGGUCAGGUUAAUUGUUAAGACUGAUAAUUAAUGAUAAUAUGUAAAUACAAGGUUGAAAUUUUAUUUUCUAGAACUUCUUAACAGUUAUAUAUGUGUACACAGAGAAGUGUUUAUGUUGAAAAAUUUUGAUCGGUUACUCGUUUCUGAAAUAAAACUUUUAAUUAUCUUUUCGUACUUAAAGCAUCCAAAAAAGGACCUUUUACUCGGUUAAUAUUACAGCCUUUAUACAAAAGAAGGCAACGGCUAUACUGGUUUGUCAACAGACACGAUAGACAUGUCAUUCGAAAGAGGUUAAACAACUAACAGACACUUUUGUAGCAGUGCUAGUCUCGUUAUUUAAUAACUAUACCUCGUAUAAAUAUAAAAAAUAACUUCUACAUGCCAAUCGCCCAGGUUAAGUCUUCGAGUACCUAAGCCUUUUUCUGAAAUGAUUAGGACAUUCACAAUUUCAAGCUUAUCUUCUGCCAUACCUAGAGUGUUAAUGUGGUCCUGUCAACAGCUGAGUCAUUCUUCGAUACAACCCUCAAACUUCUUAGCUGAGAUGGUUAUGGAAUCUUUUUGGAGUGUCUCAGGCUUGGAGUUUUUAGCUAGAAAAACUGAUUCUUGUUGUUGUAACUUCUCUGGUCCAAAACAUGAAGUCUUGUCUGGUUCCUCAAAAUCUAUUAGCCACAUGAAGGGUAAUUCCUUCCUCUUAACUAGUUCUUUUACGUUCCCCAUGAAUGUGAAAGAACUAGUUAACAGGAAGAAAGUAUCAGUAUCAGUAGCAGAUAAGACAACAUGUUUGGGACCAGAGAAGUUACAACAACGGAUGGCUAAAAUCUCAUAAGGAUUCUAAGGAUUAGGAGACCUGUUAAAUAUAUCUCUCUUUAAAGUAAAGGAGAAACAGAUCUAGAAGCACCUCUAAAGCUGAAUUGAGACACAUUUACAUGGUCCCUGCGAUUACACAGUAGCUGUGGAGAUUAUCUUAUCUCCAAUUAAACAUUUUGCCCUUAUUUAGAUACUUUACUCCAUUGGAAAGUAUUAGUUGAGCUCCUUCUUUCCUUGUAAUGCCUUUCUUCUCCUUUUAAAAUAGCAUUUCUUCUCAUCACCUCAAUUUUUAAUUGUAUUUAGAGCAGUUUGCAUCCUGGUAGUGUUUUAUCUUCAUGCUUGUUUCAUCGGAGUGGUUUAGGACUGUGAUUCCAGUGACCACAGUAUAGGUGAUAGGACUCCUUUGUAAGGACAGUCCUUCACUAUAGAAACGGUGAAGGUGUUUCCGUUUAUUUUUUCAAUUACUAAGAUUUGUUCUUCUAAUACCUUAUUGAUAGACUGAUGUGAAAUCUAGUCAAAAGCACUAUGUCACUGAGGGUUAUUAGAGACAAAAGCAGGGUAACAUUUUGAAUAUAUGUUGUGGUGAUAGUUAUAUAUGGUCUAUCUAUAAAUUAAAACCCUUUUUUCAAAAUUAGUUAACGGUACCAGGGUAACCUCAAAUCUAUAAAUAAUUGGAGUUUGAACUGAAAUCAGUUUAUCCAGAGUUUUAAAUAUUCGGACUCCUUCUCAAUUGUUUAGAUAUUAAAUUAAUGAUGAGACGAAGGGAGAAAAAAUAAAAUCGACUCUCAAAAUAAAAAAGGUCGCUUACAUCUUCCAGAUAAUUUUAUUUGGAAAUUUUUCAUUUUCACGUUUAACCCCCUCUAAUGUAUAUUUUAUUAUUUUUGUUACUUUUUAUUUUUUUUUGUUCUUUUACGCAUUUUUGUAACGCAUUAUUUUUAUAACAGCUGUAAAGUACUUCUCUACAUAUUUUAAAAAUAUAUAGAUAUUAUGUUGAAUA